AUGGGUAGCAAACGUAAGCGGAAGGAUAAGGACGUUUCUGCAGUAGCACCAGAUGCCAAACGGCAGCAGAAAGAUACCCAAAAACCCUCUACCGAAGCAGCAUCUCCCCCUCCAAUCGACACUUCCCCGUUUCUCGACAAUCCAAGAGGAGCCGACCUGAAGAGAGAAGUCCAGCUCUACGAUACUCUGGGCAGUGAAGAUGGUUUGGAGAGACUAGGCGCAGCCAAUGCGAUUAUUUCUGGUCUUUUGGGCGGAACUGGGGUCGAAGAAUCAACAUUGCAAAAGCAUUUGGAGAGGAGAUUGUUUCGCGGACUCGCGAGUGGCAGGAAGGGUUCGAGAUUAGGCUUCAGUGUCGUCUUGACGGAGAUACUGUCUGAGUUGUUUGGCGCCAAAGAUCUCGCGGCACAAAAGUACUCCAAUCUCACAUUCGACCGAAUACUCGACUUCCUGGUCACCAAAACCAAGCCUGAAGGUGACUUAAGCGGACAAGAGGAAAAGGACCAUGCUCUUGGCUUACUAUUCGGAUUGCAGAGUUUUGUGAGGUCGAAUAUACUCUUUGGAACCACAGGUCAUUGGAAUGAUAUACUAGACAGGCUUCUGGGACUCGCGAAGAAGAAGCCAUGGAUCAGAGAAGAAUGUGGCUGGGUUAUUGUGGAAGCACUCGCGCAAAUGAGUCAGUCUCAAGCAGAGUAUACCUUGGAGCAAUUAUGUGACGCGGGGCUAGCUCCUUCACCUGAAGGUGUUGGCAUCUGGCUUACAGCGCGGAACCGAUUCCCGGAUAUGAAACUACCUUCAAAGCCAUGGGGCAAAAGUGCCAAUCCUCUGGACCACUUAAAAACUCUAGGGAAAGCUUUGAAGGAAAGCUCAUCAGGUAAUCAGUCGGCGAACGAGAAACAGCAGGCCACACAAACCGGGAGUUGGAACUCUAAGCUUCACUUCGUCUGGAACAUACUUUUAGCACAGUAUGCGCAGGAUGCAACGGCAGAUGGGAGUACAUCGAAUUUCGAAAAUUUCUGGAAAGUUGCAGUUGAUGAGAAUCUCUUUGCUUCAACUGCCUCGCCGGAGCGAACAGACCGCCUCUUGAACCGCGCAGCGGACAAGUCACUAAAGGUUUUGGUCCAGGCAGCGGAGGCCAACUCGCAAGUCAUGGUCACUGUUCUUCCUCAUUUGAUCGGAGGACAUGGUACCUACAACUUCGACACAGCGACCAAGACGAAGACCGUCGAGAAGCUUUUGAGUCUUGUCAAUGAUAAAAAUGCGAAUUCCGUGAUGGCAAUUCUCCAGAAGCCAGUACUUUCUAUAGAGGGUACCGAUGCAACAAAACAGGCGGAGAUGCGUCGACAAUUGUUCCUCGAUUACCUACUGAGCAUCAUUCGACGAGUCAAUGUCCAGGACGACUCCCGUGACCUUAGCUGGGUUAAGAAGAAUGCACUUCCAACUAUAGCCAACAUGGCUUAUUGCGAAGAUGUUCAAUUUCAACCUCCCCUAACCCCAAAGAUCCGAGGUCUUUCCAGAGAUCGUUUGAUGUCUUGCUUUGCCCAUCUCUUGCCCGAUCUGAGAGGAUACUCAUUUCCGUGUGACCUUGUCAAAGCUCUUGAGCCAGAUGCGGUGAAGAUGGAUGCCAAAAUUGCCGAGGCAAGAGACGGUGCAAUCUCUACAAUGGGCAAAAUUUUGAAGAAGACCAAAAAGGCCGACGCUCAGGAUAAAGCACCUCUACAAGCUCUAGCACUACUGUACUCCCUUGUUGUCUUCCAGCUUUACAAUGGUGAGCCUGAAGCAAUCUCCACGAUUGACGAGUUGAAACUCUUCUACGACAAGCUCAUCCGGCAUAAAGAUUCAGAGGAUUCCGAAGUGGAAGCUUCCGGAGUCUUGGUUGAGCUCCUGUUAUCCUUCAUCUCGAAACCAUCUGCACUUUUGCGCAAAGUUACACAGCAUGUCUUCACUGCAUUUAUGGCAGAUAUUACAGUUGGGGGCUUGAAACUUAUCACAGAUGUUUUGGAAUCUAGCGAAAAUUUGAGAGGCCAACAGGAAAUGUUUGAUCAACAACCGGAAGAUGGCGAACAAGUGGAAGAUGAUAGUGAUAUUGAGAUGGGCUCCGAUGUGGAAGUUAUCGACAUGAAUGGAGAAGACGGUCAAUUGACCACCAAUUUGGACGAAGACGAGGAAUCUGACGAAGAGGAGAAUAGUGAUGGAGAUGAGCCUGCAGAGGAAGAAGAUGAAGAGACGAAAAAGCUCGAUGCUGCUCUGGCAUUAGCACUCGGUACCAAAGGUUUAGACCCUGACGCCGAAGAAUCGGAUAGCGAUGCUGAUAUGACCGAUUCCGAAAUGAUGGCUCUCGACUCAAAGCUCGUAGAGAUCUUUUCCCAGCGAAAGAAAGAUACAAAGCCGAAAAAGGAGCAUAAAGAGGCGAAGGAAACCAUCGUCAAUUUCAAGAGUCGAGUGUUGGACCUGCUAGAGAUAUUCGUCAAGAAGCAAUCAGGAAACUCUCUUGCGUUUGGUUUACUAUUACCCCUCCUACAGCUCAUUCGCACAACCAAGACGAAGAAAUUGGCUGACAGGGCUUCGAACAUCAUUCAAGCCUUCCAGCAAGCGGCGAAGAAGCAUGGGAAAGCAGCGGGAGAGGUCAGCAUUUCUAAGCAAGUAAAGCUGAUGAAAGCGAUUCAUCUUGAAGCCUCAAAAGAUCCAUCACAUAUGUUUGCCAAGGCAGCCAGUACUUCGAGUUUGAUGCUUGCAUCGAGCUGUUACAGAGCCAAUAAGGAUAGCUUCGAGAAGCUAGCAGCAGUGUAUAUGAAGACUCAGGUCGCGUGGGUCAACGGCGAGGUCAAGCUGUCGGUGAUAUUGUUUAAUGAUUGGACCAACUGGUGUCAGAAUCACGCAAAUGCAAACGCAUAA